AUGAAUAAUAAAAGUAUAACGGUAACCACUUCAAAUACCACUUUUUAUCCUUCGCCUCCUCCUCCUGCAAAUACUCAAUCAAUUUCUUCUGCUUUUGAUAUUCCUUUGAGUUUCCUGGGAUUGGCUAGAGUGGUGCAGUUUUCACGGUUCGUCACCCGAUCGCGAUCCAUGAUUGGUAAAAGACGAGCCCCAGAUAUAGGAUGUGGCUAG